AUGGAGACCUUCAGUCCUGUGGUUAAAUUUACCACCAUACGCUUAUUUCUUCUUGUUGCCUUACACCACGACUGGCCUGUUCAUCAGCUUGAUGUGAUGAAUGCCUUCCUGCACGGGAAAUUGGAUCAACCCGUCUACAUGUCUCAACCCCAGGGCUUUGAGGACAUCUCGCGUCCUAAUCAUGUCUGUCUUCUCCACAAGGCUCUUUACGGACUUAAGCAAGCCCCUCGUUUAUGGUUUGCGACGCUAUCUACAUAUCUUCGGCAACAAAAGUUUUCACCCAGCUCGGCAGAUCCAUCUUUCUUUCAUUACCACUAUGACCAAACCAAUAUUUAUGUCCUUGUCUAUGUUGAUGACAUCUUAGUCACUGGUAAUGACUCCACCCUCAUCAAAAUGCUGAUCUCCAAUUUACAAAAACAAUUUCAUACAAGAUAUCUUGGACACCUCUCCAAAUUUCUUGGCAUCACAUUUCAACGCUCUGCCGAUAGUUAUCAUUUGUCUCAAUCCUCUUACAUUCGGGACAUUCUCCAUCUAGCAUCCAUGACCAAUUGCAAACCCCUCCUCACACCGCUACCAUCCAAAUUCCCGAAUGAUCCCGCUCUCCAACAACCAUUUGCUCAGCCGGAACUCUUUCGGACCAUUGCCGGAUCGCUUCAGUACCUUACUUCAACUCGACCAGAUAUCGCCUUUGCAGUCAAUAAACUAUGUCAGCAUAUGCAUUCUCCUCUCCAGCUGCAUUUUCUGUUACUUAAACGCAUAUUGCGUUAUCUACAGGGCACUCUCAAUUACAGUUUGGUUCUACCUAAAACCGAACUAACUCUGUCCGCAUAUUCCGACUCCGACUGGGCAGGGGAUCCUUUGGACCGCAAGUCUACAACUGGAUUUUGCUUAUUCUUCGGCACCGCUCUGCUCUCUUGGUCUGUUAAAAAACAAAAGACGGUUGCUCGUUCAUCAACCGAGGCAGAAUAUCGCUCCAUGGCUGCCGCAGCCACCGACAUCAUCUGGACCAGGCGACUUUGUCAGGACUUUCUCAUACAUCUUCCGCCUACCGAACUAUACUGCGAUAAUGUCUCCGCCAUGUCUAUUGCCUGCAAUCCCAUCUUCCAUGCCCGAACGAAACAUAUUGAAGUGGAUCAUCACUUUAUUCGGGACUGCAUUCAAUCACAACAUAUCACUGUUCGCCACAUUUCCACUCUUGAUCAGCCUGCGGACAUUUUCACUAAGUCUCUUUCUUCCUCUCGCCUUUCUCUCUUACGGGACAAGCUUCUGGUCCUCCCGACCAUCAGCUUGAGGGACG